AUCGGCGAUAAUAGGUCGCUCGACUGUGCCCUCAGUUAAAAUGGCUACCCUCGUUGUUUCAUUGACUUGGAAUCGGCGCCCAGUAGGCUUCCUGCGUUGGGCCGCAGAGCGAGUCGGGAAGCGAAUUUAAACUGAGCUGGCGGCUGCGGGGGCGGAUUUCAGUCACGACGGAGCUUUGGACCCAGACUUGGAGAAUGAUUCGUGAAGCCGGCUUGGGUGACAGCGUCAUCACAGCGUUUCACUGAUCAUGGAUUCUUAUAAUGCACCAGAAUCGACUCCCAGACAAAGUGGACCGUCAGGGGUUAAAGAUUACUUUAUAGGUGCCACCCUUCUGCAGAAGCGACUAGAAUCAGCCAAGAAGCUGACUUCAGUUGUCCCCACUCCAUCUCGAAGGAAAGUUCCCCAGUGUUCACAGUUGCAGGAAGAUGCUGAACUUCAAAAGGUUGCAUUCCUUCUGCAUAAGCAAUGGUCUUUAUACAGUGUAACUCCCUUAUAUAAAUUCUCCUAUACUAAUCUCAAAGAGUAUUCUAAACUUCUGAGCGCAUUUAUUGCUGCUGAAAAGCAAAAAGGCCUUGCUGUGCAAGUGGGAGAAGACCUCAACAUCAAAGUGAUUUUCUCUGCUCUGCUGGGAAUGAAAGGAACACAAAGGGACCCCGAAGCGUUUCUUGUCCAGAUUCUGUCAAAAUCUCAAUCGCCCUCUGAGAACAGCAAAGGUAAAGUGUUGUGGACUGGUUGGUUCUGCUGUGUAUUUGGAGACAGCCUUCUGGAGACUGUUCCAGAAGAUUUCACCUGUCUACCUUUAUUCCUUGCAAAUGGAGCAGAGACUAACACAGCCAUCAUUGGAACCUGGUUUCAGAAAACUUUUGACUGUUACUUCAGUCCCUUGGCAAUCAGUGCGUUUAAUCUUUCCUGGAUGGCUGCUAUGUGGACUGCUUGCAAAAUGGACCAUUAUAUGGCUACUACGGAAUUCCUGUGGUCUGUGCCCUGUAGCCCUCAAAGCCUGGACAUUUCUUAUGCCAUCCAUCCAGACGAUGCAAAAGCUUUGUGGGACAGUGUCCACAAAACACCUGGCGAAGUUACCCAGGAGGAAGUCGACUUAUUCAUGAACUGCCUUUAUUCCCAUUUCUAUAGGCAUUUCAAAAUUCAUUUAUCAGCCACAAGAUUGGUUCGUGUUUCAACAUCUGUAGCUUCAGCACAUACUGAUGGAAAAAUAAAGAUUCUGUGUCAUAAAUACAUUAUUGGAGUGUUGGCAUAUUUGACAGAACUGGCAAUUUUUCAAAUUGAGUGAGGACUUCUGGGGACUAUAAAUUAUGGAUUAUAUACCUUUUUCUCAUUUAUUAUUUGCCUAACUGCUCAGCUGAGAGGGACUGCAGGAGAAAUGGACGGCUAUGUCUGCGUCUGUUUCCAACAGUACCUUUGGAGCUGCCCAGAUGGAAGCCAAGAAGGAUCUAGAAGAACAAAGAAGGGGGUAGUGGAAGAACCACAGCCAGGUGCUCGUAUAAUAGUCAUGGUUACCUGGGAUGCAUCUCUAGAAAAUGCUGAGUUGUUUAUUGACCAUCUUUUUAAAAAAUGUGUAAUGUUUAGUAUGUCAAACUUUUAGGAUUCAAAUGAGAUAUCUGUGAUAUUGAGUAUUUCUGGUUUGGGUCUUUAAAACCUUUAAUCCCUUUUAAGCAUUUUAGACUUGCAUUCAGAGAGAAUUUCUGUCUUCUAAAGACAUUUUCCUAGCACCAUUUUGCUGUAGAGAACUAGCAAUAAAAAAAAUCCUCUCCAAAGGAAACGAAAGAUUACUUUUUUUAGCCAUUAAUAUGCUUCUGUUUUUAAUAUUCAAUUCUUAUUGCAAUGUUGAAUUAAAUAUUCACUUUUAAAAUGAAGCAGUGUGUUUAUCAGUGUCUUGGUGAUAGAUCUUUAAUUAAUGUCUCAGGAAUAGGAAGUCAUGAGCCUUUUCAAAGGUUGCAAACCAAGAAUUAGAAUCAUGCAAGUUGUAGAGUUGAAAGGCACUUGUGAGACUCUUUUGAGGGCAUAGAUUUUCUUGUUUAACUUUCAGGUGCCUAAUUUUGCUUUAGCACAGUGCUUGGUAAAUAUCUGUAGAUUAAAUGAAUUUUAAUCAACUCUUCCAUUUUAUAAAUGAAAGCUGAGACGCAGUAACUUAAGAGACUUGCCCAAGAGGUUAUAUCUAAAUCUCUUCUUUUUACUGAGCAUAGAAAGGUUUUGUUUUACUUUAGAAACAAUGUCUUUAAAAAUCUUGUUUGGAGGCAAGUAACUUUAAUAGGUGGUCAUUCUAAAAACAAAAGUUAACUUCUGGAGUGUGGUAUUAUUUCACAUAAACUAGGAACAACAGAGGUAGUAGAAAAAGCAUGGACUUUGAAGUCAGACAUUUGUUCAUUCAACUAAUACUUAGAAUUGUAUUGGGUAAUAGCAGUGAAGACAAAAAAUAUCUCUGUCCUGUGGAAAUUAUAUUCUAGUGGAGGAAGGCAAAAGAUAAAUAAUUCCAUACGGAGAUAAGUGCUCUAAAGAAAAUAAUGCAGUGCAAUAUGAAAGAGGUGACUGGGAUAGGGCCAACUUUACACGCAGUUUUCCAAGGUCUUUGAGGAAGUGACAUUUGAGCUGAGUCCUGAAUGAUGAGAAGAAACCAGCCAUGUGAUGGCUGAGGAAGGUAUGCUAAGCAGGUGUAACUGCAUGAGCAAAGGCCUUGAGACGGGUAAGAGCUUGGCUUAUCUGAGGAAGGAAGGGAACCUGUGUGGCCGGAGCACAGUGGUGAAGAGUGGAGCAGUAUGAGAUGACACCGAGGACACUUCUUCCCUGGUGCUGUGUCUCCCAACUCUUGGCUGGGCACGUGGCUGCCUAGAAUAAAGAUGACAUUUUUCCAGCCUUUCUCUUAGGUAGGUGCAGUCAUAUGACUUAAGUUCUGACCCAUGGCACAUAUAAAUGGAGGUGUCACGUAGAGCUUCCAGGAAUCUUCCUUAAAACACAGCAGGCAUGUACCCCCUGCCCGUUUCUUAUUCUUCCAACUUUGCUGCUUGGAACGCAUAUAAUGACUGGUGCUCCAGCUGCUCUUUUAGGUCACAGGGAUGAGGCUCAGGUCCUAGGGACACAGGGGCAUGACUGGGAAGGAGUGUGUGCCCUGAGGACUUUCUUGAAGCUGAGCCCCCACACCAACCUUGGAUGGUCUUCCUCUAGACUUAACGUACGUGUCAGAGAUAUAAACUUCUAUCUUGUUUAAGCUAUUGUUUUUUGGGUCUCUUGCUCAUAGCCAAACCUAAGCCCACCUGACACAGGCAGGAGCCACGUCAUCUUAAGUUUUUAUAAGUACUGUGAAGGGAUUGGCUUUGAUUCUAAAUGCAAUGGGAAGCCAGUGAAGUUUGAAGCAGGAGAAUAAUAUGACCCAAUUUGUAUUUUAUACGAUAUGAGGGAGAAUGAGUUGUAGGUAGAGGAAGAGGAAAACAGUUAAAAGGUUCUUAGAAGUGGUACAACCUCUAUGGAGAAGUUAGCUGUCUCUGUCAAAAUGGUGUGAUUUAUCCUUGCACCACCAAUCCCACUUCCAGGAUUCAGUCCCCCAAAUCACUGGCAAAAAUACAAAAUGAAGCAUGUACAAUACAAGGCUCUUUAUUACAGUAUUUGUGAUAGACUAAACACAAUCCAAUACCCAUCAGAGGCAGAUUGGUUGAAUAAAUUAUGGGUUAGCUGCCCAGUGAAUUACUACUCUGCGACUAUUAAAAGGGUUGAAGACAUCUAAUACUGCCAUGGGGUGAGCUCUAGGAGAUGUUAUGUGGGAGAGCAAAACGUGGGCAUAUUGUUUAAUAUGCUGUUUUAUGGAAGGAAUGGCGGAAUAUUAUGAGUAUGUGUGUUAUGCUUCCUGUUUUAAAAAAACAGUGGAAGGAUAAACCAAAACCUAAUAAAAGUGGUUACUAAGAGGAAGAAACUCGGUACAGGGGACAGGAAUGAAAGAUGACUUACCUGUAUGUUCCUUAUUUUUAGUUUGGACAAUAUUAAGUGUUUUAUAUAAUUAUAAAAUAAAAUUAGAUAAAAAAGGAAACACCAAAGCACUCUUGAAAACUGAAAACAAAUGAACUUAAAUAUAAGUUCGUGCUAUAAUCAUAAAUUAUUUUCAGUAUCUUUAAAUACUACUUUUUUGACUGCUCAUGGUUAGUGGGUUCUAUCCUAGGAAAAGAAGAGCAGCAAAGGAAUCAAAUUGCAUUUAGUUAAUAUUUUUAUUAGUAAUGUUGGUGUUGUUAUUUUACUACUAUAAGAUGAAAUAAUGUAUUAUAACAAUGUUAGGAACCAAGAUUUUCCAUGUAAGAGAAAAGAUACACAAUUAUAAAAUCAGGUAAGCUCAAGUAAAAACAGUAAUACUAAAUUUGAAUCGGAAAUAUCAGAAUGAACUUAUUUAUUUUUGAAAUGCAAAAGUUUUAACUUUGAUAAAGUUCAAUUUAUCAAUUUUUUUAUUUCCUAUGCUUUUGGUGUUGUAUCUAAGAAAUCAUUGCUUAACCAGAAGUCCCAAAGAUUUACUCUGUUUUCUUUUAAGGAUUUUAUAAUUUUAGCUUUUAAAUUUAGGUCUGUAAUCCAUUUUGAGUUAAUUUUUAUGGUGUGGGUAAGCAUCCAAAUUCAUCAUUUUGCAUAUAGAUAUUCAUUUGUUUCAGCACCACAUAUUGAAAGACUAUUAUUUUCCCAUUAAUUAAUUGGCCAUAGAUGUUUGAGUUUAUUUCUGGACUCUCAAUUCUAUUUUAGCGACCUAUAAUAUGUCCUAUGCCAGUACCACACUGUCUUGAUUACUGUGGCGUUGUGUUUUGAAAGCAGGAAGUAUGAAUCUUCCAGCUUUGUCCUUUUUUUAAGAUUGUUUUUGCUGUUCUGGGUCUUUUGCAUUUCCAUAAGAAUUGUAGGAUCGGUUGGUCAAUUUCUGUAAAAAAGUUUAACUGGGAUUGUGGUAGUUAAGUGUGUUGAAUUUGUAGAUCAGUUUGGGAAGUAUUGCCAUCGUAGUUAUGUCUUCCAAUCCAUGAACAUGGGAUAGGAUAUCUUUCCAUUUAUUUAAAUCUUUUCAAAAUUU